UAUUUUACCACCCCUUGGAUUCAAUUUCUGUCGUAAUAUGGAGGUGGUUCAAUCAUCCUCUACAGAAUUCAUUAGUGCUGAGAAAUCCCUCAAAAAGAUACCCAGCAUCCUUCUGGACAGCCUGGUAGAGGAACCUGAAGAAAGACAUGCUGUCCCCAACCACCUGCUGGAAUCCAGGACUUACUCCAAACUUCAGAGGAAUGAAGUCAUCCAGGCUGAGCCUGCUGUGUUGCACUAUGGAGGGUAUAAAAUUGGAAAACAUCACCAGCAGACGCUAAAGCUGAUAAAUAUUUCUGGUGAUGUAAUAAACCUUCACAUUAUACCACCCCAGACAAAGUAUUUCCAGAUUAAAUACAACAAAACACACCGUCUUGUCCCUGGCUUGUCAUUUGUGGUUACUGUUGACUUUUGUCCUGAUGAGUGGCGAUAUUACUAUGAUUGCAUCCGAAUUCAUUGUCAGGGAGAAGAUACAUUACUCAUUCCUGCGCAUGCCUACCCUGCUGUGAAUGUUGUAGAAUUUCCAUCAUUUAUAAAUCUGUCUGAUGUAUCAGUUGGACAGAGUAAGGAAUAUGUUAUACCUUUGCAGUGCAGCUGUCCAAUAGAUUUUGAAUUCCACAUUGAUUUCAUUCAGCGGCACAAAGCCUUCACUGUCCAGCCAACAUCUGGAAUCAUUCCAGGUAAUGGGAAAGUGGAAGUAACUGUGAAAUAUUCUCCACUUCAGUAUGGAACAGCGCACAUGAAAAUGCAGUUGUGGAUUUCACAGUUUCACUCAAAACCCUAUGUAUGUGUAUUCACAGGAACAUCAACACCCCAUCUAGGUCUAAUAAAAGAAGAAUUCGAAAAACAAACAAGUCCUUCAAAGAAAAAAGCUGUGUCUGCAGGAAAAUCACUGGUGUGGAGAAGAGACCAGUCCAGUCAGCCACGAUCCAGGCCUAUUCAAAAAGUAAAGGAAAUUGAAUACCAAAACCUCAGAUUCCCCACAGACUUGUCAAAUCCACAUGCUGUGGCAACUGUUUUGAAUCAGGAACCAGGCAAAUUGAAGAUUAAGGACUUAAAAGAAGUCCUUCGCCAAGGCAAUGAAGGGACAAAAACAAGACAGAUGAAGGAAGCUGUAUUUGAACAAAAAGUUAAACAAGCUGUGCAAGAAGAGGAGGAGAACCAUAUGAAGUGGCAAGUUCAUAAAGGCAAAGAUCCAAUGUCUAUGAAAUUUAAAAAAGAGAUUAUUGAAAACCGACAGAGGGAAGAAGAACAAUACAAGAUCCAAAGAGGAGAUCCUAUCCUAGAAAAGGAGUUUCAAAGGAACAAAGUAGAAGUUUCUGUCAGACGUGUUAUCCGGCCUGUUCAGCAGCUUUGUUUACAUUGUCCAAGUAUCCUUCCUACAUUUGACUUGCUCCGUAAUGACCCUUGGGACAAGAGAAACAGGAUGUUGAGAAAAUUCCAACAAGCAGCAUACAAGAUUGUGAUUCAAAUUCGACAAAAUCGCUUGCUACAUUUGUUCCAUGAGCUAAACAGAGAAGCCAGAGGGUUGGAGGAAGUCUCUGGGUCUGAGAACAGGAGUUUCAACAAACCAGAGAAGUGUAAGGCCGUUUCUUCCAGCAUAUCCGAAGACCGUAUACUACCGUUUGAAUUCCCCAUUUACAGUUCCCCCCAGUUGCACUGUGAUUUGGCACCUGAUGCUCUUGGCCCGGUUCCAGUCAAAUCUGCAGAUGUGCAAGUGAGACACGUUCUUCCCUAUUACGACUUGAAGGUUCCUCAGCAUUUCCGCAUCAUGCGAUACCAGCCGUUCUGUACACACCAUGCGGCCACAAGUUACAAACCUCAGAAGCUUUCCCGACCACUGAGGCAGGGAGCCCAGGAUGAGUUGAUUCAAAUAAUUGCUUCUCCUGAGAGACAAGUGAAGUUGACCUCCCAGAGGGAGGAUUUUAGCAAGCAAUCUCCAGAAGUGGCAGAAAAGGAUAUCAGCCUCUUAAACCUGGUUCCUCCCCAGGCUUUAGUCCACCCCCUUGAGAGCAGCCCACUUCGUAUUUUUAAUCCCACUCCAGGUGUAUGUCCAGUUUUACCUCCUUUGCCCUAUUCUGAAACAAAUAUUGAAUAUCAUCUUUGUCCUCUUCCAAAAUAUACCUUUACCAAGGAAUGCCCCAAAAGAUCCAGCAUUCCAAUCACGCAGAAGAAAUUUCUACAUCAUAAGGAAGUGAUUCGUGGAGUAAUGAGCUGGAGAAGAUUUUUGCCAGUGGUGUAUUCUACAUUUUCCAACACUCCCACAUUGACAAGUACAAGAUCUAGGGAUCCUUACAGUUUGGAUAUGCUUCCAAGAAAUGUGCCACCAAUGCUGGAUGACUUACCUGAGAGAGACAGGGAAAAUAUAAAUGAUGAUGAGGUAGAUGAAGCUGAGUUUGAAGUGGUACUUACUCCAGACAUGGUAAGAGCUGAAUUUCCACAAAUUGGACAGGUGCUCUCAGAAGAAGGCAAAGAGAAAUCAGCAAAAGAAGAAAGUAAUAUAGUGCUGGAUGGCGCUUUUUCUAGAGAUCCACAAAACUAUACAGAUGGACGUUUUCAACCGCAGAACGAGCGGCUAAGGGAGAAGGUUCAAAAACAUGUGGAGAAAUUGAAGCUGAGUGCAAUUAAUAAAGCCCUUAUUCUGGAAUAA